UCUGCUAGUCGGGUUUCUGCGCUUGCCGGUGUUGGGUGUGCGUCCUCUCGACUCUAGAAUUUCGUGUCAUAAUUAUUUUAAAGUCGCUAUUUAUUAAUUAAAAUAAAGUCGAUUUUAUUUAAAUUAAUUUAAUUGUAAGGUUUUAGGUUUUUUAGUGUGUAGUUUGUAUGUUAAGUGUGCAUUAACAUAUAGUAUUUUAAGUGUUUAAAAAUAAUUCGAACCUAAAGUCAUUCCAAAGGCGCGUACCAUGGCCAAAACAGAGAAGUCAUUUCCAAGAAAUUUCACAGGUUGUUUAACAUGCGUCCAAGUGUUAAAUAUUAUGGUGUUACUCGGCUUUAUGUUGAACUACGCGCUGCGAGUGAACCUCACCAUCGCCAUUGUGGAAAUGAUCUACGAUGACAACGACAACCACACCGCCAUCACCAAUAUCACGCUCGGCUCACACAAUGUUACUGAGCAUCCAGAGCACAUAGCGCAGACACGCUACCACUGGGACACGAAGCAGAAGAACCACUUGCUGGGCUGCUUCUUCUGGGGAUACGUGCUCACAGAACUUCCUGGGGGAAGACUGGCAGAGAUUAUCGGUGCACGGCGAGUGUUCGGCUACAGCACUCUGCUGGCCAGUAUCCUGACGCUGCUAACUCCUGGAGCCGCCGCGGCCGGCUUCGGAUGGGUAGUCGCGGUCAGGGUGUUCCUCGGCUUCUUGCUAGGAGCUACGUGGCCCGCCAUCUUACCGAUGGCUUCUAAGUGGAUCCCGCCGAUGGACAGAUCCAAGUUCAUGUCUAAUAUGAUGGCAUCGUCUCUGGGCGCAGCGAUCACCAUGCCUAUCUGCGGGUUCCUGAUCGCCCACUUCGGAUGGGAGUCCGCUUUCUACUUCACAGGUAUAAUAGGUGUGAUGUGGUCCGUGGCCUGGUUCGCCGUGGUGUACGACACGCCUGCGCAGCACCCUCGCAUCUCGGAGACCGAGAGGAACUUCCUCAUGAAGGCUUUGCCACAAGACAAUAACAGCAAAGGACACAUGCCAGUUCCGUGGAGGCAGCUGGUGACCUCAGCGCCGGUCUGGGCGAUCAUCAUCACGCACGGCGCCUCCGUCUUCGGCUACUUCACCGUCGUCAACCAGCUGCCCAGUUACAUCGAGAAGAUCCUGCACUUCAACAUCAAACACAACGGCCUGCUGUCCUCGCUGCCGUACUUGGGCAAGUACCUGUGCGCGCUGGCGUCGUCGGUGCUGGCUGAUCACCUCAGGCGGAGCGGGAAGCUCUCCACCACCACCGCUCGGAAACUCUUCACAGGGUUCGCUGUUGGAUUGCCUGGCUUGCUGAUGAUAGCUGAGGCGUCCUUCGGCGAGGACCGCGUGUGGUCUAUCGCGAUCUUCACCACCGCCCUGACCAUCAACGGCGCCGUCACCGCCGGAUACCUUGGCAACGGGCUUGACAUCGCGCCUAACUUCAGCGGUACAAUCUUCGGCAUGGCCAAUACCCUGUCCUCGUUCGGCGGCUGGCUCUCCACUUUCAUGGUCGGAGAGCUCACCAAAGAGAAUAACACAGUAGAACAAUGGCAGAUAGUGUUCUACAUCCUCGCGGGCACGUACAUGGUGGGCGCGCUCUCGUUCGUGAUCCUGGGCUCCGGGGAGCUGCAGUCCUGGAACUCGCCCAAGGUCACCCAGGAGAGGCGGGAGGACGAGCCACUCAAUGAAGAGAAGGUCUGAGGUAACGUCACGUUGUCAGGCACGUCGGGGUGGAGUUCACGUGAACAUUAACUUCGCCAUAGGCUUCAGAUAUGUUAAAUAUUUCAAUAUGAAUUGUGAAGUAAUUUUUCAAAAUAAAUUGACCAACGAACUUGAUGUAAAAUUGUACAAUUUGAUAUUAUUUAUAAAAUAGUUAUCCCUCGUGUUUUUUUACAUCAGAGAAUAAAGACGUAAUUUUAUAAUAUGUUCAUAUUAAAAAGUUAGCAAAUUUGAAUAUCAAAAUUAUAUAAAACGUAUAAUGCCUUGUGUAAAUGUUAACUUUAUAUCAAAAUGUUAUCUUAUUGGAGCUUCAAAUAUUAUAUACAAAGUUUUUGAAAGUAUAUAACUGUUGCUAUAAUAUAUUUAUAGUUUACAAAUUGGGAUUUAAAACUAUAGAAUUUUGUAACGUUACAGUUUGAUACAAUAUACACGAAUAAUAAAAGACUUAUACUCGUCCAAAAUUCAUUUAUUGCGUCUGUUUUGUAAGUAUGUAAAACAAUUUUAAAUAUAAAAAAUAAAACAAUCAUAACGCAAAAAAAAAAUAUUUACAUAUUAAACAUAGCUACGUUCCAACAUAGAAGAGAAUAUGACGUAUAUUCUAAACAUAAGUUGACUUUGCAUCUGAUUACCUUUUUGUUAUGACGUUUUAUUUGAAAUAAAACCUACAACUUCGCGGCUUCGCAUUUGCUAUUUCAAAACCAUCGAGAUCAUUCCAAAGCCUGCUUGACAACAUAAAACGAAUUUAGCACAAUACAAUAACUUUAUUAUUUAUAUGUAUUUAAGAGACUGUGUUUCGAUACAAAUCGAUGCAAUACGCUCUUCUAUUUUAAGUGUCAUGUCGCGUUGUGUUGACUUAUUAUUUUAGGGACGAUUUUUUAAUCAGAUAAGUUAUUAAUAAAAUAUAACGUAAACAUGGCAGUUCUAUCGAUAGAGUUGUCUGACUUCUUUAUUCGGUAGGGUUAUAAUUUAUUAUGGAUAACUAUCUAUGAAAAAUCAGUACUCAAGGCGUCUUUCACGUUGUUUGAGUAAAGACAAUUGUCGAAUGUAAUAUAGGGCGACAAAAUACAAAAGUCAAGCUCCCAAAUAAAUAGUAAACAAAAGAGUAGUAACUCUUUUGUUAUAUGCAUUUCCUAUUUUAUACGAUUGAUUUGCGAAUAAGAUUUACUCAAACACUAUGAAAUAGGCCUUUAGGAGACCUUGUCAUAAGUUAAAAUAAUUUUAUUAUUCAAGGUCGAAGUGAUCGAUUACAUUUUAGGCACUACAAUGAAACGGUAAAAUACAAUUACAUUUUGUAAUUUACUUUUCUUUCAUAAUGAAAGAAUUUAAGUAGUCCAUUUGUACCUUAUUUAAUUUUUAAUGUAUUGUUGAAUAUUCAUAUUUUUUUUUGUUCAAGGGAUCAAAAUAAUAAGUUCUCACAACGCGUGGACGUAAGAAAUAUGUUUAAAAAUAUUUCUUAAUGUGAAAAAAAUAAAAAAAAUCAAAAAAAGGCUGUUUAAUAUAGAUUUAAUGUGAUGUUAAGUAACAAGCGACUACCGGCAUGCGCAAUGGACAUUCGAUUGGAUUGUCGUUUGUAUAUUACUGACAUGGCUAUCCGAUCUACGUAGCCUUUUUAUAUAAACUCAGAUUUUCAAUGCUAAAAAUCGAAACCGAGACCUCUAGUUUCAAUUCGACUUCGAUUCCAGUAUCGAUACAAAUUGAUAUUAUAAUUUGAAUUGGGUUUGGGUGCUGUGACACCGAAAGUUUUUCAAGUUCUUUGACACGAGAUAUUUUAGUGUAGUGUGCCUAUCGAUAUUAAAAGGUUUCGAAUUGUAAACAAUAUCGAUUAAUGACUAUAAUAAUUACUUUAAAAGAAAAUUUAUUAAUAUUUUUGCUUGAAUAAAAUUUGUUUUAAAUACAUACCGAUGGUCGAUAGCAUGUCAGUGAAUUAACGGUGGUCCGAGCUGUUCGGAACCCGACUCAUUGUUAUGAUUUUAGUAUUUAGCGUCAAGAAGUCACAAGUAUGUUAUCGCUUGAACGGCUUUGUGUUGCGAUGCACAGUCAUUACAAUAAAAUAUUAUACGUACUACCUUAUAGUAUUCAGAGGAGAUCUAGCAGAAUUUCAAACAAAAAACUGUAUUUUUUUUAAAUUAAUUAUAAUGCAAACAAUAAUUAUAUUUGACCAUUCCAAAAAAAAGGAUUAUUCAUCGCAACAAGCUGUAUCGAGUUAUUUGUAAUGUCAUUUACAAUGUAUAAAAUAUCGAUAUUGAACAAUCGAUAAACAUUGUAAACGAUGUCACGUUAGAAAGUAAUUUUGUUGGUAAAUUCAACGCGUUUUGGCGAACUUGUGUCAUAACAAAACCUUGUUUUGAUAGCGAUAUUCUAUGCCUAUGUGGAUAGCGCAUCACUGUGCGAAACACGACGAUAAAUCGCCAAUGACAUAAAAUACCUGAUGAAAUAUCGUUUCUUGAUACAUUUCGUAUGCGAUAUUUAUUUCGCUAUGCACAAAGGUAACGAAUAUGGUUAUGAACAGGGCUUAUGCCAUAUUGCAUUUAUUUUUUUGAUUAGUGAUGUACCGAUGAUCGUCUGAAUUUAUCGAUAUUUUUAUUUUAUUCAUCAGUUGAGUGGUAUAUCAUUAACGAUUGAUGUACAUGAGUAUUUAGAGACGGUUCCGGGAUCAAUGUUGAAAACCAACAAAAUUACACACCAUCGUUUAAUAUUUUGGUUCUUAUAAUUAAAUGAAUUAUUAAAGAAUUUGCGGUUUGCCUGAACCACACGAUAUUAUGACUAUAUUGUUUCUGAAUAACUAUUUUGCCAAUAUUAAUGUCACAAUAUUCUUUUAUUUUUUUGUAAUUUAUGCUUACUUUGUUUUUAGUCGGCAACAUGUAAAAUUCUUUAAUGAUUUAAUUAAUUCUAUAAGCAAUCGAUUUCAUUUUAAACGAUAGUGUUAAUAAACUUUGUCCGUAAAUGUAAAACAGACGGGCGAAGAUGAUUUCUUGAUUUGUAUUACAAUGUAAUUGUAUUUAAUUUAAGUACCAAUUUAUUUAUUUUUUUACUGCGUGUAUCGAAAUAUUUAGGAAAUUCAAAGCCAUUCUAGUUUACCAGUGGAUUCGUGACCAUAGGCAAUCCUCGUAAUUUUUUUUUUGUACCGUAAGACAUAGAUUUAAGUGUUAAGCCACGUACGCAACGAGGCGGAUCAUUACGAUACAAAAACAGGCUAAAUUAAUUUUAAAAAAUGUGACAAACUGGUGAUUCAAACUUUAUUUAUUAACUUUUUUAUACUUCGAUUUGAGGUAUUUUUUAAGUUUUGAUGUCGGUAAAUACGUAUAAAAAUACGGUUAAUUAAAAAAAAGUUUGCCGCGCAUUUAUUAUUAAAUAAUUUGAUCAGUCUGUUUUGUCGAAUGGUCCGUCCUCAUUUAUUACAAGGGACAAUGCAUUAUGUUAUUGUGCAUUUCGACAACUGUGAUAAAGAGCCUUGUCUAUGGUGCCUUAACGCUACGCUAGUUGUUACUCUAUGGAAGCUCUCAAAAUUCUGAAUUUAUUACAAAUGUUACGGCUAUUUGUAGUUCCUAAAUUACGAUCAGUAUUUCGGUAUUUUUUGUUUGUCUGUAUGUAUUAGACGGGGUAGACGCUGGUUUAGUAACUUCAUUUAAAUUAAUUGUGGAAACGAUCAACUCUAAAUUAUUUCUUAUCGAAUAAGAUUGAGAAAUAAAUGUACACUCUACAUCAGUCUUUAGAAAAAAAAAAUCUAAUUAACCUAUGAAAACACUCAAUUUCUUUGCAUUAGUGUUUCUGAAAAUAAUUAAUAAAAUCUUACUUAACAUUUUGCUAUGUUUUUUAUGUACUCUGUGGCGUCUAUUUCGUGAAUAUUUCCACAGACAAUGGCCAAACUCCUUCCAACAUUUGCAGGGUAAUAAGUCCAUUUUUACAUAAGUAUUGUCUGUGGAAAUCGAUUAGUGUAUUCAAUACGUUUAUGUAUCAUUUAUUUAGUUAAAUGUAUUUAGUUAGUUUAAAGAAAUUAGUUUGGCCAAAUAGUGGAAUUAAAAUAAUUUUCGAACUAACAAUAGUUUUUGAUUACAAACGUAAUCAUUCAAUGAUUAAUUUAUUGUAUAGAAGUAUUGCAAAACAAUACAAUUGUCCAAAA